AUGGUAGAGGCGUCAGAUUCAAAGUUACGCAAAAUGGAAGAAGAAAUGACUAGAUUCGAGGCAGAGAUUGCUUCACAAACUCCUCAAGCCUCUCUUUCCGCGGCAUCUCUACACUAUGGUCAACCCAUCCCUUCUUAUUCCAUGCCCUACGUUUCUGGCUCUCAAUUUGCCUCUCCGGGGUUAAUGCCAACAACUCAGUACAUGGCAACACCUACUGCUCCUGGCAUCUAUAUGCCUCCAAACUACUCGAUUCCACCAGCCUUUAUGCCCCCACCUCCUGCUUCUACACAAUCGGUAAUUCAAGCACAACCGGCUGUUAUUUCUGCUCCCCCACAAAUGGCCGCCCCUUCGCAGCUAGCAGCCGCUGUAAGAGCUAAUAGGGAGGCUGAGGCGGCUGCUAAAUUGGCUUCUGCUGUUGAUGCCUUUGAUGUUGAUGACGACGUAACACGAGCCCUUUUAGCUGCCGCCGCUGGUGUCACGUACAACCAUCAAGUUGUUCCUUCUUCAGCUUCCACUUUAACUACUUCUUCCACAGCUUCAGAUACCAAGCUGACCACAACCACACCAAACACCAAGGUAGUGCCUAGCGUGCCCAGCAAAACGGUUGUAGUACCACAAAGCCUUCUUCCCACACAGCUCUCUUCCACCUCAACUACCGCACAGUCUCAACGAGGCGUCUCUCGCUUGCCACUACUGGACACAUCGGUGGUCCCGCCUAUGCGUUCGAAAUCCAGCUUGACCGAGGAACCUUACUCUUUUCAGAAGAAAGUCUACAAACGCGUCGCCGCUGGAAUGGUUUGGGAGGACCCUACACUGUCCGACUGGGAUCCCAAUGAUUUUAGGAUAUUCUGCGGCGACCUAGGAAAUGAGGUUUCUGACGAUACUCUGAUUCGGGCCUUCUCACGCUAUCCUUCGUUCCGCAAGGCCAAGGUGAUUGUGGACAAGAGAACUGGGAAGUCUCGAGGAUAUGGCUUUGUGAGCUUCUCUGACCCCAAUGAUUUCACACGCGCCAUGCGGGAAAUGAACGGUAAAUACGUGGGUAAUCGACCGAUCAAGCUUAAGAAGAGUGACUGGAGAAAUCGGCAGUUGGAGACCUACCGAAAGAAGGAAAAGGAGAAGAAGCGACUGGGAUUAAGGCUUUAA